AUGCGAGGUGGUCGAGGUGGCAGAAGUGAAAGCGGUUGGUCUAAGAGCUCUAGAAGCAACAGGAGUGAUUGGCUAAUUGGUGAUAGGAGAUCAAGCCGGUCGUCAUCUUUCAACUGUGGACGGACUGGCCACAGGGCAUCAGAAUGCCAUACCAAGAUUCCGAUGCUCAAGAGCAAAUGCACCCUAGACGACAGGGAUAACAAUACACAGACUAGGGAAGGACGUGAAAAUGUGAAGGCCAUCUACAUCAGAGUGCAACAUCAACUCCAUAUGAUAAAGGAACAGAAUGCACAAGUUUCAGAUAUCCAUAUAGAGAACAUCGGUAGAACACCUGAUAUGCUGUAG